AUAUCUUAUAUAUUUAUGGGUAAAUAUGUUAAUCAAUAUGUAUUACUUUUACCUAUAUAAAGGCAGGGCUGAUCUGUAAAACGUGUGUCAGUUUCAGUGAUAGAAGCAAACGUAACCAACCCAACCAUUUUCAAAAUGAACUCCAUGCUCGUAGCCUUCUUCGUGCUCUCCGUAGCCGCCUACAGCCAAGCCUCCAUCCUUGGUCUUGGUGGUGCUGCCACCCUCGUAGGGCCCGGAAACCCUGGAGCCCUUAUCCAUGGACCCGCCGCCCAUGGAGCCGUCGCUGGACCUGACGGAAGUCUCAUUUCUGCUGCUGGUCAAGCUGGUGCUAUCGCCGCUGGACCCAUUCCCGGAGGUGUUGUCAGUGCUGCUGUAGCUCCUGGAUCCAUCGCUAUUGGACAUGGAGGUUUGGGAUUGGGAUUGGGACACGGUGGAGUACUUUUGGGAUAAAUUUGUGUUUUUGGAAACUAAAGGGAAUUAUUAAGCUGACUCGAUUUCGGUUGUGAAUUUUAUGUGUUAAAUAAAGUUUUGUGUAAAUAAAAGAAUAUUCAAUGGUAUAAA